AUGUAUUGGGUAAUGGGUAAAUGGACUUCACUUCCAGAUAGGGAAAUCAAUAAAAGCUUCCAACGAGGGCAUGUCAAAUCGUCGUUAGCUCUAAUCCAAUGCCGUACACGGAACACUUUCCUCAUCUGGAAAAGAAGAAUUGAAGUACGUGAUGAAACUAGUUAUCCAGUUGAUGAAGAAGCUCCAGGCAAGAAAGGAUCUGACCAUCUUCUUUAUAAGAAUUCGUCCACUACUCUGUCCAAAUGUACUAAAGGAGAGACUUUACUUGGGUCUGGAUCAUCAGAAGAAGGGAAAGGGCCUUUAGUCAGAGGACGAGGGCGUGGACUUCGGAUAGUCUUGCUGAAGCGCAUAACCACUUUUGUGAUCUCCUAA